UUCCGUCUUGAGCCGGAAGCGCCGAGACUAACAGUGCGGCUACCAGCGCGUGGGGAGCUCUUGGAGGGUUUGAGUGGCGGGUCUGCCGCGGCAGUGAGAGUGACAGACCUGGGCACCUGAGUCUGGCGCGGCGAUGCUGACCCCGGCGUUCGACCUCAGCCAGGACCCCGACUUCCUGACUGUCGCCAUCCGCGUGCCCUACGCCCGGGUCUCCGAGUUCGACGUCUACUUCGAGGGGGUCGACUUCAAGUUCUACGCCAAACCGUACUUUCUCAGAUUAACCCUUCCUGGAAGAAUUGUAGAAAAUGGAAGUGAGCAGGGGUCCUAUGAUGCUGAUAAAGGUAUUUUUACCAUUCGAUUGCCCAAAGAAACUCCUGGCCAGCAUUUUGAGGGGCUGAACAUGUUAACUGCUCUUCUGGCGCCAAGAAAAUCCAGGACUGCAAAACCACUUGUGGAAGAAAUAGGUGCUUCUGAGGUUCCUGAGGAGGGAGUAGAAGAUGACGAGGACGAGUUUGACUGGGAAAUUGAGCAGGUCCCCUAUGAAGAGGCGUCCGAAAGAGCUUUGAACCCACAGUGCCACUAUGGAUUUGGGAAUUUGCGGUCAGGAGUGUUUCAGCGGUUACAGGAUGAACUGAGUGAUGUUAUUGAUAUUAAGGAUCCAGAUUUCACUCCUGCCACUGAACGAAGGCGGAAACGCCUGGCUGCUGAGCUGGCCAAAUUUGAUCCUGACCAUUAUCUUGCUGACUUUUUUGAAGAUGAGGCAGUUGAACAGAUUUUGAAGUAUAAUCCUUGGUGGACUGAUAUCUAUUCAAAAAUGACAGCCUCUUUGGGAAAGAGUCAGGAGCAAGAAAAUCAUGCUGCAUUAGUGUCUUUUUCUGAGGAAGAGAAAUAUCAGCUGCGAAAGUUUGUCAAUAAAUCUUACCUGCUGGACAAGAGAGCCCAUCGUCAAGUGUACUACAGUUUGAUUGAUAUCCUGCUGGCGUAUUGCUACGAAACUCGCGUCACGGAAGGAGAGAAGAAUGUUGAAUCUGCAUGGAAUAUCAGAAAACUGAGUCCCACACUGUGCUGGUUUGAGACUUGGACUAAUGUUCAUGAAGUCCUGGUGUCUUUUGGAAGAAGGGUUUUGUGCUAUCCACUUUAUCGCCAUUUCAAGCUGGUGAUGAAGGCCCACAGAGACACUGUAAAGAUACUGCAACUAGGUGAAAGUGCAGUUUUAAAGUGUCUACUGGAUAUUCACAAAAUUUUUCAGGAAAACGACCCAGCUUACAUUCUAAACGAUCUCUACAUCUCAGACUACUGUGUGUGGAUUCAGAAAGCCAAGUCCAAAAAGUUGGCAGCUCUUGCAGAAGCCUUAAAGGAAGUCUCCGUGACCAAGGCCCAGCUGGGGCUGGAACUGGAAGAGCUGGAAGCAGCAGCGCGUCUUGUCCAGGAGGAGGAAACUGCAUUAAAAGCGGCCCAUUCUGCUUCCAGGCAGCAGACACCUUGCUCCAGUUCUGAGGCAAGUGAUUCGGAGGAAUCAGACAGCAGCACAUCGUCGGAGGCCGAAGACUCGGAUUCGGAACACGAGGAACUCAAAGAUAGCACAUCUGAGACACUAACUUGCUUGCAGGGUCCCUUUCUUGAGGAAAGCAGUGCCCUGCUAAUGGAUGACGGUGGGCUGUGCAGAAAUGCAGCCAGCCUGGGGUCUGAUGCUGGUCAGGGGAAGCCACUUGCCUCCUCCCGGGCUCUCGGGGGUCCUGGGCCUCUGAUAGAGGAGCUUGGAGAACAGCUCAAGGCUACAGUUCAGAUGACUGAAACCGAGGGCUCCGCUGCCGCGACCACAGCAGCAUGCAGGCCCAACACGACCGGCAGACGCCAAACGACUGACUCUGAUGCAGGCCCGACACGACCGGCAGACGCCAAAUGACUGACUGAUGCAGGCCCGACACGACCGGCAGACGCCAAACGACUGACUCUGAGUGGUUUGAUUCAUUGUCGAGAAUUAUCUCAGAUCUGGUUUUAUGUGCUGAAUUAGAAUUCUUCACUUUCACUUUGUACUUUUUCUUAGUACAUACAGCAUGUUUUUUCAAUGAGCUAAUGUUGAUACUUGUUGUUUUCCCUGUUAACAACUUUAAAAAUAAAGUUCUAAAGUAUUUUUUACCAAAUGUAA